AUGGGCAUCCCACACUCACUCUUCGAAGAGAAGCUAGGAGAACUAAAGGCCGCAAAAGGGCUGAACCUGGAUACCAACCUCACAGCGGCUGAUCUUAAGGAGCUAGUGGCUCAGUAUAAGAAGGUAUACAUUGAAGCCAAAGGCGAACAGUUCCCCUCAGGUAUGGUCAACCUUAACUUAGUUUUAUUUUUUUGAGAUUAUUAACAUAGCACAUAUUUCAUUCUUAGAUGCUUCACAUUUAUUUGUUUUUCUCUUUUGCAUCUUGGUAUAAAAUUUGUUAAAUGGCUGUCAAAGCAACUCUUUAUUUUCUUAGAAACUAUCUCACAGCUAUGAAUUCUUGAACGUGACUUGUGUAUUUUUUGUUCACUACCAUUUUAAGGAGUGCAUGGAAAAAGGAAUGAGUAUCAAUCCUCUCACCCUUAACCAUUUUCUGCUUAAUCUCUUUCGAACACUCUCCGCUUUGUGAUUAUUUCUAAUUCUUGCAUCUCCUUUAAGUCAUUAUUCAUCCAUCCCUGGAUUCUAAGUGCUACUUAUUGUCGAGGCUAACUUGACAAGUUCUUUGGAAUCACCUAGAUAGUUUUCCUUUUUUGUGAAAUUAUGGAGGAAAUACAGACUUUAGUUCUUCGCUGAUGACAUUUUUGUAAUGAGGAAACUUAUAUUUAUUUUUUCUUCUGUUGGACUGCUGUGAUGGUCAGAACUUAAACUAGGUCGGAUUUGACAUUUUCAAUCUUUUUGCAGAUCCAAGGAAGCAAUUAUACUUGGCUGUCCUAGCAGUUUUCAAUUCAUGGGAUAGUCCAAGAGCUAUCAAAUAUAGAAGCAUCAACCAAAUAACAGGAUUGAAGGGAACGGCUGUCAAUGUUCAAUGCAUGGUGUUCGGGAACAUGGGAAGUACUUCUGGAACUGGUGUUCUCUUCACAAGGAACCCAAGCACAGGAGAGAAAAAGCUCUAUGGCGAGUUUCUCAUCAAUGCUCAGGUCUUACUCUUGCCAUCAUUUUAUUUUAGGGAAAUAGAGAUUUUUCAGUUAUUAGGUUUAAAUGACUACAUAUUAGAGGCAUGUUCGUCAGAAUGGAUUCACUAUUUAAUGUGCAUAGAUUACGUCAAGAGUGCACUUGACUUCCAACUACAUAUCAUCGCCAUUUGCACGAAAUCAAAUACUAUUCAGUGAAUAUUUUCAGAAAUACAGUCUUCUGUUUUGAAAGACGACAGAGGAGCAUUUUAAACCCUUUGUUCCAGUCUAGUUAGAAUCAGCCCCAGACAUGCUGAAUCAGUAUGUGCUCAUGUCAUGCCUGAUUUAUAUCCUAAUUAUGGACACUGUGUAUCCAUUAUGAUAACAAGCUUAUUUCUCUUUGGGAACUUCAUACAUGCAUGUUGUAUAAGCUUUCUUUAUGACAUUGGUGGGCUUCGAUCUUCUAUGACCGUUUCAUGUUCAACGAAUCUAAAUAUUACGGUUGCAGGGAGAAGAUGUUGUAGCAGGAAUCAGAACACCAGAGGAUCUGGAUACCAUGAAGCAGUGCAUGCCUGGAGCCUAUGAAGAGCUUGUGGAGAACUGCAACAUCUUAGAAAAGCAUUAUAGGGAUAUGAUGGUCUGUGUACCUGAUUCUUGAAAACACUCUUCGUCUUUUUGGUCUGUCCAUUAUUUUUGUUUAUCGCGGGAAAAUUAUUAUAUGGCUGCAUUUUAUGCUUUUUCUUUUGCCUAAAAUGACCACAAAAUGCACGUCAAGUCUUGAAUGAUGUAUUUUUCAUGUUGAAAGCCUCUGUGUCAAUGAUGACAGGACAUUGAAUUUACUGUUCAAGAGAACAGACUCUGGAUGCUGCAAUGCCGGUCAGGAAAGCGCACUGGGAAAGGAGCUGUGAAGAUUGCAGUGGAUUUGGUCAAUGAAGGCCUUGUUGAUAUUUCGUCUGCUAUAAAGAUGGUGGAACCAGGGCAUCUUGAUCAACUUCUCCAUCCUCAGGUUCUCGAAAAAGCAUAAUCAUAUACUGAUUGAUAGAAAGCGCUAUUAAUUUUUGUUCAGUCAUCACUCACUGUGGUGGCUCUCAACAAAAAAUAAGUUAACGGUGACAGAAAUUUUCAGACUACAGUGUAUUUUUAUUUCUUAUUAAAUAUGAUGUGCUAUAUAAUGAGCACAUCUGGGUUAUCCCACUUUGACAUAUUGUGGUGAAUGGUUCAUCCUCCGGAGAUCAGCCCCAUCCCUUGACUUUGCCGGAUUGGACAGAGCCAACUGCUUGGAAAACGUGCCAGACCAUGUAUUAAAUCAGAGACAACAUAGACAAGCUUACUUUUUCUUUAGACAUUUCAGAUUCAAGACUAAUAUCUGGUUGAGUCCCUUCCGCAUUAUUUAAUGUGCCUAUAUCGAUUUUUAAUUCACUAUUUUUCUUAGUCCUAUUAUUCUAGAAGUUUAGCAGAAAUCCUAUUCAAUGUGCCUUCUGCGUUAUUAUUUUUCCGAUCAUUCGCCUUAAUUUUCUUACUUAUGUAUUUCAGAAAUUUUCUUUCAUACUUUCAUAUUUUUAUGAUUCUUUGAUGCUGCCCAUCUUUCAAUUACUGGUCUCACAUGAGUAUAUUCACGCUUCUCACCCCUAAGAUUUUUCAUUUUGCCUUUUUAGUUUGAAGACCCCUCAUCAUACAAAGACAAAGUGAUUGCUACAGGCCUGCCUGCAUCGCCUGGAGCUGCAGUUGGUCAAGUUGUUUUUAAUACUGAAGAUGCCGAAGCGUGGCAUGCUCAAGGAAAGGAUGUUAUACUGGUAUUUCUCCCUCCCUGGACAUUGAUACAUGAAGCUUCAACUUCUGUCUCUUUAAUUAUCUACUUAUUGAAUAUCUCAGAAUUGAAUCUUAUGAUUUCUAGUCAUAUUUCAAGAAGAAAUGCCAUAUUGGCUCGGCCUUGUUUAUCUUGUUUGACUUGUUAUACCUCUUUUCGUGUGUUUUUAUAUAUUUUUUUGGCAGUGAGUUAUUAAAGGUUUAACACUCUCUAAACAUUAUUAUCAUUGCUUCAUCUCGGGGGGGGGGGGGGUUGUAGCUUUCUUUAAGAUUUCCAGUAUACUGCUAUUUAACUCUGGAAAUCGUUUGAAUUUCUUGACAACUGUGACAUGCUUCAAGCAUUUAAUCACUUUUCUUGAGUGUCAUCUGUGUACUGAAGGUGAGGACGGAGACUAGCCCAGAGGAUGUUGGUGGUAUGCAUGCAGCUGCCGGAAUUCUUACAGCGAGGGGUGGGAUGACGUCUCAUGCUGCAGUUGUAGCUCGUGGGUGGGGAAAAUGCUGCGUGUCAGGAUGUUCUGACAUUCGUGUGAAUGAUGCUGAAAAGGUGAAUUGUGGACACUUCUAGUAUUUCGGGAAGUAUGAAGGUCUUUCAUAUCGAUUGCCUUCAAGAAAUAAUUUCUUCCCCUAUUUUAUUGAUAGUUGACUUUUGCUAUCCUUUUUAGACAUCACUCCCUGUGCUGCUUUCCCUUGGAAAAUCGAGUAUAAAUACGAAGGACAUUUGCAUCCUUGUUCUGCAGGUAGUCAUUAUAGCGGACCAAACGAUACAAGAGGGUGACUGGUUGUCGCUGAAUGGGUCCACCGGAGAAGUAAUAAUAGGAAAACAACCACUAUCCCCCCCUGCUUUAAGCGGUGACCUAGGGGCCUUCAUGACCUGGGUUGAUGGGAUCAGAAAGAUGAAGGUACAAAUUUCUCUACCUAUUAAACUCUUCUUAGUAGUUGCUCUCCCCUCACGUCAUUAUAUCUAAUAAUCACGUUUCGCUCAUGUACAAGAAAAUAUUGGAUAUGCCAAAAUUUUAAACGAUCGUGAAGAUUUGCUUAAGUGGUUCUCAAACUUCAUCAUUCCGUGAAAAACUUAAAGGCGUAUUCUUGAAGGAAUGAUGGAACAUGUCCUGAAAAACAACAGAGUUAUGUCUUUUCAGGAGGAGAUACCAUCAUUUAACCUGUUCACAAAAUGGAUAGCGUGUCUUUAUUUUUUGUCGUAAAUAUUUUAUGAUGUCAUACUUGUUUUUCUGAUAGGUCAUGGCCAACGCUGACACACCUGGAGAUGCACUAACAGCAAGGAACAAUGGAGCUGAGGGUAUUGGACUUUGCAGGACAGAACACAUGGUAAAUUAUAUCUUCCUUGCCUGUCAAUGUAAAAGAUAAAGAAAAGAUAAAAAGAUGUGUCCAAUAUUUCCAUUUUGGAGUAGCAUGAAAUAGCUGAUGGCCAUCAUACCUCUCCAUUUUUGUUGUAGUUUGGGCCACAUGGUAAAAAACUAUGCCUCAUUCUCUUUGGAGAGCUUUUUUCUAGUUUUCACUGCAUAUUGGAAAUAAAUUAAAGACGAAGAUAUGUUCUCCAUCUAAAGUUAAUUGAUAGUAUAGAGAGUAGUGAAACUGAUGAUAUAUUAUCCUGGAAAGUUCUGAACGUUUGAUCACUUUGUGAUACGCCCAACUUUUUAGUUGAAGUUUUUUGUUAACCAUAUAGAAUUUCGGAAGAGCUGCACGAGAACUUUGAGAGAGCUUCAUGAGAACUUUAUGCUUAAUGAACUCUAAUUUCGAUGUACCAUGUACGGGUUGCAGUUCUUUGCUUCAGAUGAAAGGAUUAAGGCUGUGAGACAGAUGAUAAUGGCAGCAACCAUUGAACAAAGGAAAGCGGCAUUGGACCUCCUCUUGCCUUAUCAGAAGUCUGAUUUUGAAGGCAUUUUCCGGGCAAUGGAUGGUAAUAUAGCGCUCUUACUUAAGUACAAAGUCGAUUCUCAAUUUUCUGUCAUAUUUUUUUUUUCUUUUUUGAACGCUUACUUUUCGCGCUCAAAUUUGCCAUACAAGCAUUAGCAUUCUCAUUUACUGUCCAAGAUGAUGGAACGUUCACCAUCCUUGCUUGAGAAUAAGUUGUGGUUGGCGUAAAUUCUUCAAGUUAUUCCCAUUCCUUAUUCGUUGUGCUAGGAGACUAUUACUUGUAGAGGUUCAUUUGAAUGGUAAUUUUGUAUGGUUAGAUUGUGGAAUCGAGUGUGUGUGUGUGUGUGUGUGUAUGCAUGUAUGUAUGAAUGUAAAUCACUUCCUGUGACAUGUUUCUUCCCUCGGAAAUAGAAAUCCUGAGUCACUCCCAUUCUUUCUUGAAGUGAGACCCUCCAUCACUGCGGAAUGUUAUCCACAGCCAUGUUCGUAUUGUUCCUUUUUUAAGUGAUUAAUCGCAAUACGAGUUGGUUCGAAAUUGUCAAGAUUUAUGGCUUUAAUGAAAAAAUCAUGUAAAGAAUUUUCAUCACCAUCCUGGUAGAAAUUGUUCCUUUUUUAACUGUAGGCCAACUAGUCUGUGAGGUCUUACCAUACGAACUCAUUGUCAUGAGGCAAUUUGUUUUCAGUGGGCUACAUUACAGUGUGUUCAUCACUCACAACUGUAUGUUUUAUAAGUUGUUGUGUUCUUAUUUAAUAAUCUGCCAUCUUUUAUUCGAUGCAGUAGCCCAUCAAUACAUAUCCAACUUGUGGAGUCAUUUUCUAAUUUCUGUUGGUUCACACCAACCAACAUUCAUGCCAAAGUAAUAUGUGUGUUGUUUCUUUCAUGGGUUAUUUCGUGGGCUAGUUGCAGAAAUAACUUUAUUUUAUACCCCAAUAAAUUUAAUAGUUCUUUAACUUUUCAGGUCUUCCAGUAACAAUUCGACUGUUAGACCCUCCACUUCAUGAGUUUCUCCCAGAAGGUGAUAUUGACGAAAUUGUGACCCAGUUGGCAUCAGACACAGGCAUGACCGAGGAUGAAAUUUUCACUAGAAUUGAAAAGUUAUCUGAAGUAAAUCCCAUGCUUGGUUUCCGUGGUUGCAGGUUUGAAUUGCCACCAUGAUUCAUUUUAUUUAUAUUAUUAAGUUUCAGUUUUGUGUUUCAUGUUUGAGCCUUACAAGCUUGCGGUAAUCACCAACCGUUUGCCAAUGAGCCCUCAUCUGAUGAGAUACCUCGUUAUCUUCUUAAAUUUUGUUGGUAUUGUCCAUAUUAUGUUCAAGAUAAGACAUUUCACCUUUUUAGUACGCUCUCCAUUUUUUAGCAAAUUAAAUCCACAUGUUUUUGAUGAAAGGAAAUACUACUAUUCGAUUCAGUAAAUUUACAUGGGCAUCCAUCAGUAUUAAAGGCAGACAACCUGAGCUCAAUAAUACGUGAUAGAAACCCUUAUUGCAGCGUGCAUUAGCACCUCAGCCUGACCUAUCAUGGUUUUUCUUCAGUCUGCUUACUUUUUCUGCGAAGACCGUAAGAUCCUUGGGUUCAGUAGUUGUAAAACUGGCCCAUAAUCAAUGAGAUUUACCUUUAGAAUAAGCAUAUUCUUCCUGGACAUGGAGAAAGACGAAUGUCUUCCGAUCAGUACUUUUCAACUAGAAUGCAAUCGACAAGAUUUAUCCUAUAAGAGUAAAUCCAACUUGAAAUCUAUUUUUCUCUUAAAUUAUUUUCUGAUCUGCAUAUAAAGAGAGCCUUCCACGCGUUAUUAUGUUUAAGCCAGGAAAAAUAUGUUUCAAACAUCCAAACGCCGAUACUCAUAACCCUGUUUCAGAGCAUUGGUGAUCCACUGCUGUUUGGGAACAUUUGCAAUAAAGUAAUUCCAUUUCUCACUUUGUUCUUUAGGCUUGGAAUAUCAUACCCGGAAUUAACCGAAAUGCAAGUUCGUGCCAUCUUUGAGGCAGCGAUCUCGGUGAACAACCAGGGUUUCAAAGUCCUACCUGAAAUAAUGGUCCCUCUGGUUGGGACACCGCAGGCAUGUUUUGCCGUAUUCCUCUUCUUUCUCUCUCUCUCUCUCGCUCUCGCUCUCUCUGAAUAUGUGUGGACCGAUCCUACCUCUCUCUCUUUACUCUCCAUUUUCUCUCUCUACCAGAGUUUCGUGUGAGUUUUCAACCUACUUAUGGCUGCUUAUGCUCCUCCUGGCUGUUGAAACCCACUAAUGGCAGGAGUUAGGGCAUCAGAUGAAUGUCAUAAGGAGCACUGCUGAGAAAGUAUUCUCUGAAGCGGGCUUCUCAAUCAGUUAUAAGGUUGGAACCAUGAUCGAAAUCCCAAGGGCUGCGCUUGUAGCAGACGAGGUAAUUCACAAAGCUUGUGCAACUUCUCCUAUUCUUCUUCAUUACGAACGGGUCCGUUCCCAUAGAUUCGCCUCCUUCCGCUCCAUAUGUUUCUCUCCACCGCAGGGAAAAUAGCUUCUCAAUUGGUCCAGACGACCACAGAUGCCCUUGUUCGCUGAUGCAAUAAAAAUAUGGUGAAUGUGGUCAAGAGAAUGGCCUCCUCUUAGCCAGCGCAUAAAAUCUGAAAAACUUAUUUCAUGCUGUCAUCGAUCUUCUUCCGUAAAUGUGUGCUCUCCAUCAUCGCAGUCGAGUACAUUUUUGCUUUUCCUUCAUUGAAAUAUGCCCCCAUUUUCUUCGACAGAUCGCGGAGCAAGCGGAGUUCUUCUCCUUCGGUACCAAUGAUCUCACUCAAAUGACCUUUGGAUACAGCAGGGACGAUGUGGGCAAGUUUCUCCCCAUCUAUUUAUCCAAGGGUAUCCUCCAGAGUGAUCCAUUUGAGGUAAAUUCCAUCUUUACAUGCCGGGCCCUUGAAAAGACUAGUAAUACGUUUCACAAUUCAUGCGCUCCGGAUUCAUCUCGAUGCCAUUAGUAUACUUCUACGUAAAUAUCAUCGGAAAUAACCGCAUGGUAACCUGACGACUACAUAUAAUGCUGCAUUUAUUAUGUUAGUCGAUCGAUUGGUUUCUGUGCCCCUCACGUUGACUUUCAAAUGGAGAUUCCUCAGCCCAGAAUGAAGUUCAGCUGACACAUGCUACAGCUUUCUAUGGUCUUUCGUAAAUGAGUUUAAAUGAGUCGCCGGCCAUUAAAUAGCCUCUUCUAGGUGAAAAAUAUAUCAGGGUCGCUGAAACGCUUUGCCCUUUUAGCUAUGAAUUCCAACUCCGUAGGACACACACACAGGCCGAUCAGUUUUCCAUUGGAAAACGAAGACCAUGGGCUCAAACUUACGGCUCCAACGUUUUUCACGGACCAGGUUCUGGAUCAGAAGGGAGUGGGUCAACUCAUCAAGUUGGCCACAGAGAAAGGUCGCAGCGCCAGACCUGACCUGAAGGUUGGUUCCUAGUUUCUUAGACCUCUCUCUCUCUCUCUCGCUCUAUCUAUUCUGUGUCUUUCUCUUUCUAUUCUUUCUCAAUCUCUAUCUCUAGUGGGUUCUCCUAUCUCUGCAAGAUCUCCAGGGCGAUGGCUGAUGAUGAUGAUGUGAAAACAGGUGGGAAUAUGCGGAGAACACGGAGGGGAGCCUUCGUCCGUUGCGUUCUUCGCCGAAGCUGGACUGGACUACGUUUCGUGCUCCCCAUUCAGGUCCUCCACCGCCCCCAUUCCUCUGAAUGUCGACCAUCUCCUACCCGGGGCCCUGCACUCUCUUCACUUCAUCUGCAAGUUCUCACGCGAUCUCCCUCUCCUCCUGCUGCAGGGUUCCCAUCGCGAGGCUGGCGGCUGCGCAGGUAGUCGUUUGA